GUGGUGGGGGAGGCUAGUGUCUCUGGAGGAGGGGCGUAUGGAGGCUGUGUCCACACCCAGGGGAAAUCCCACAGCAACCCCAGCUCCUGCCCACCCAGAGACAAAAACAACACCCAGAAACAGACACCACCAGACAGAGACAGAACUCGACUCUGAUCCGGUCGACCCCGACCUCACCAUCCAUCCAGACCACCAGCAGUUUGAGGAGGUAGAGGAGGAGCUGGAGGACAUCUGGAACCAUAGCAAUGGCUACAGACAGAGUAUCUCCUCUGACAUCAUGUACCAGCCACACCAAGAGGAGGAGGAGGGGGGAAGUAGCAACACCCCAGGACUGACCACAGACCCCCUCUCACCCCCCAAGGCCCAACCCCAGGCUACCCCCUACAGAAAGCUGAUAACAACCUCUGCCCCUAACCUUCUGGUGGCAGAAUUCACACUCCCCUCCUCCCUCCAAACCCUACUGGGGUACAACCAGGACCAGAACCAGGACCAGGGCUUUAGCCAAGACCCUAACUCCAGAGAAGAGCUCCCUAUGCUGGCUAACAGAGACAUGAGGUCCUGGGCAGCUUUCCCUAUUCAGGACCAACCCUGGAGGACCACAGCACUGGUCAAUGAAACGGCAGCAGAACCCGUCAAGCUACCGGAAAUGGAGGACCAGAAGAGAUACAUCUACCAGUAUAGAGAGGAGGAGGAGGAGGAAGAGGAUGAGGAGGAGAAGAUGGAGGACACAGGUUGUCCAAAGGACCCAUCAAUGAGUCUGCUGUCUGUCCACAUGGGUCUGCACGGAAACAAUCAGCGAGCUACAAGUUGUGGCACUCUGGAAGGUGUAAUGGAAAAGCAUGGAGAGAGUCUGGCCACAGGGGGGCGAUGUGGCACUAUGAAUGGGAGUGGGUCUGAGCUGCAGACGAUGGAGGGAACUCUGGAGAGGAAACACAAGCUGCAGCUGGGAGGGAAGAAGGCCAGGUCUCGAGCAUGGAGCUCCCAUCAUGCAGUGCUUUACAAACAGACACUCUGCUUCUACCAAGACAGAAGGGAUACACUGAGGAAUUGUGUGUGUGGCCUGUCUCUAACCCUGACGGGAGCAGAAUGUGUCUCAGCCCCAGAGAACACUAAGAAACCACAGUGUUUCAGUCUGCGCUUAAGAGAUGGCUCAGAGUACCUCCUCAACACAGCAAACCGAUUCAUGAUGAAGAAAUGGAUGCUGAAAAUACAAGCCAACAGUGUGCCCAGUGAGCAUGUCUCCUCCAUGAUGUCACCCAGCAACCUCUUGGUUCAGGACACCUCCGCCCCCUUCACCACCUCUUGCCUCUCACAAAGUACCAGCACAGGGACGGACAGAGCCAAGGAGAUAGUUGUCCUGACCAGAGAGACCAGAGAGACUCAGAUCCCUCAGUUGCACCCAGAGAAACAGCAGGAGCCAACAUCCUCAUCACAUACAGGCCGUCGUGAAGAUAACUAUGACUCCCUGAGACAGAAACUGUGUGGUAGAUACAGGGAGAACAGUCCUUCCUCCAUCUCUCCUUUCUGCCUCCACAACUCCUCCUCCAUCCCUCCAUUCUCCCUCCACUCCUCUGUCUCUCCUCCUUUCUCCUCUGUCUAUAGAGGUGGUCAGGACUGGCUCAGUCAAGUGAACAAGAGUCACUCAUUUACCUCAGCAAGGUACCAGAAUAUUAAACCAGCGUUGCUCCCCCCUGGGGGCAGAGGCCGGGACUACGGAUCAGUGGGUCUGGACUGUGGGUCAAACUACUCCGUGACUAUGAUUAUAGGAGACAAGCAGUCUGCCGCUUCUCCCACUCUCAGUUGUGAUGGUAGUGGUCCAUCUAUCACCAGUCACACUGACCCACAGCGCCCCCUCCUGGAUGGAUGGCAGCACCACUCAUAUCACCAGGACUCUACUACAAGAAGGCAGCUUCACCAGCACCAAGCAAUGUACCACCACGACCAGGAACCAUCUCUGAGGUCCUGCGCCAGUCUGCCUCCGCCACGCAAGAAGUCUGUCUUCAACAAGUUCUUUGGGAAGAAAGACUGAAGCUGUUAUCAAUCA